AUUUGACGAUUUUCCAGGAAAUUAAGUGGGUCGAUGAACGUGGAACAGUCUCGUGCUAGUGGUCUCCUGAAGAUCCGCUUGUUUCGCGCGAUGCUCGCCCUGCGACAAGGAAGUUGGCGUGAAUUAGAUUAGCUACGAUUCUUUUCCGGUGUUGCACUGUUUCGGAGCCAAUAUGCCUACCCGCAAUGAUCCAGUGUGUUCUGGAUUCUUGAUUUUGGCUGCGAUGUGUCUCAUUCCGUCUCCGCCGUGUCGAGCCUUUAUCCUCUUGUCACACUCGUCUUCACGGCUGUACGAAGCCGGACAGACAUACACUUACGACUAUUUCACAACUGUCACACUGGACGAGCCUAAUGGUCGGUUUUCGAGUUCCACGAAGAAUGUUGGUUACCAGAUCACGGCUGAUGUGCACGUUCAAUCCGUCUGGCAGAAUCCUACGCAACGCCUUCUUCAAAUUUCGCUUGACAACCCGUACUUGUUUGUUCGGUCAAGAAAAGCGCCAACGCCAGAAGGAUUCGCUGUCCAUUCCUCCGGACUAUCGUCACUUCCUCGGUAUCCUUUGUAUGUCGUCUGGUCUCCAGGCAAUGUUUCAACUGUUUUCUACGUCGAAUCAGACAGCCGAACGCUGGUGAACAUGAAGAAAGGAAUCGCCAGUCUUUUCCAGUACGAAUUAACAGCGAAGACGACGGAGGAAGUGGAUACUUCAGGCUUGUGUCAAGUCAGUUAUUUAGGAGACGCUGUGGCGGAGCGAGUGAUUGUCAAGAAGAAACGUAGCUGUCGUGUUUCGGAGGACUCGAACAUGGUUCCGCAUCCCAUACCAGCCCUUUCAGCAGACGUGAUCAGCGACAUCGGUGCUUUUUAUACGUUCACUCGGGAGGAAGCUAUUAUUGAAGAAGUGAAGUCGCAAGAGAAACACUCGUUGCAUGUCCACGCGUGGAAAGAUGCCGCGGGACGAGUCAUGUCCGACCAGCACCUGAAAUUGACGGGGACUUCCAAAAAUGCGGGUGCUAUUGACGCUGCUACUUUAGAGAACGCAGUUGAACAGUUGAGCCAUCGACUGGGUCGAAAGCUUGUGUCAGAAACGCUUCAGGUUGAAGCAGAAAUCAAGCGUCAUCCCGAGAACUAUCCAAAUUUUGAUCAGCUCGUUGAUCGAUUACGUGAUGGUCUUGGGACUAACAUGACUGGGACGAUUCGCUCCGCAUCCUUCUUCCUUCGGUUGCUUGUCAAGGCCAGAGAAGAAACCGCAGAAACACUUGCCAAAGUUCUCAGGGCGUCCAAAAACAAGCCCAUCUUGCCAGUGCUAAUUGAUGUGAUGGCGGGUGCUCAAGCUGUGAAUGCUCACAAGGCGGCCAUGGCUGUUUUGGAUUUCAAAUCAAGCAAAGUCGACCUCGUCGAAAGAUACCUCUGGGCUGUGGCUGUGACUCCUCAUCCGCCAGAGGAAAUCCUGGCUGACGUCUUUCGUGUAACUCAGGGAAACGUCCCGUCGGAAAAACUGGGAGAAACUCUCUUGCUUUCUCUGGCAUCGUUGGCUCAUCGGUUCUGCAACGAGGAGAGCAAGUGCCAAAAAGAGAUCGUGAUUCGGAUCCGGUAUUUUCUGCGCGGGGAGCUGAAGAAAUGCAAAGAAUUGGACUGCAAACUGCGGUAUUUGCGAGCGCUGAGCAAUUUGCGAAGUGUGGAGAAUGUUGACCUUUUCCUGCGUUACAUUGAGAAGGAUGAGAGAAAAGUUGGUGUAGCUGCUGCCAAGGCCUUGCAAAUGUUGCCAUUGGGAUACUUCGAUUCUAAAAGUCUGAAUGCGCUUGAGCAAAUUUACGCGCAGCUACGGAAGAAGCACGACUCAACUGUUCAGGCAAUCGCAGCAGAUAUUCUUCUCAGGAAGGACCCACCCAUCGAUCGACUGGCUUUCAUGCUGUCCACACUUUCUGAGCAGGAUUCACACGAACUCAGGACGUUUGUAGCCGAACGGAUCCGGGACUUGACCCGACUCGACCCGGAUUUGCAGCGAAAACUUUCUUUUCUCCUGGCGGACGACACCAAGUGGUGCGGGUAUAACUUGUGGGCACAGCGCGGAAGAUCCACGGCGUUCACGCGUUAUUUGUACGACGAUGUUGGGCGGGGCAGCAACGGGACCUUCGUGGCCGCCAUGGAGUUGGGCGGCGGAAUGAUCAAGAGGAUCAAGUUUGACGUGAAUGUGGGCGAGGAGAACUCGUUGUCUACUUUGCUAACGCUCGGAGUGUUUGCCAGAGGACUGCAUUCGUUUAGCAACAAGCAUACGGCGGUUGACCCAGAAGAUGCUGACGAAUCCGCCACUGCCGGGUUCGAGUUGUCCCUGUUGGGUUCUCAACUGCGGCCCUUCGUGUUCUUCAGUGGGGCUGGAGAGUUGAUGGGCCACUUGUGGUCUGGCACAGCGUCCUCUCGAACACCUGCGCUCCAGGGAACGUAUGUGCUGCAUGAUCACAGACAGAAAAUACCCCUGAGCAAUGGAGUCGUGGCGGAGUUGAGUUUGCUUGGAGGCGUUUCUCUGGACCUUGGUGGGCAAAUUGAAAUGAGCUUGUGGUACAAGACUGCGCACUCUGUUAUUGACGAAAAAGCUGCGUUUGUAAUUCGAGGCUACGCAGUAGCGGAUACGCCAUUUGUGGAGAGUCGCCUGGAAUUCAGCCUGGCGGCGGAUAGUGAACUUCGACUCAAUGCGGAUUCGGAUUUUUCUGACAAAACAGUCAUGUGCAUGAGAAUGUCGCAACCGGAGCUUGUUCUCAAACACAAGGUGCGGAAGUGGGAACACAUCGUUGGUCAGAAGCAUAAGCUGCACAAGUCGCUGAAGCGAAUGCGUCUGGUUCCAGGAAGGACCUUUGUCAUGAACCAGAAAAACUCGCAACUGUGUAAUGUCAUGUUCGGGGGAAAGUCGUGAAUCUGGAGCAGAAUUUUCAAACUUUUAUUAAUAUUAUAGGUAAUUAAUAUUAUAGGUAAUGUGGAAAGACUUUUUUGUGGUUUUUCCGGUGGCAUUUAAUUGCCCAAGCGGGUUUCCGAGGUCAGAUGUAUUUUUGAAGGUUGUAUUGAAAUUAUUGUUUCAUUUCGGUGAUUAGCCAAAUUGUUGCGAAAGGAAAGCCUUGGAUGAACACGUUAAGGUUUGCAGCUUCUUGAACAAAAUGUUGUUAUUUAUGGUUAUUUGAAGAUUUUAUUUUUCGAAAGAGUGAGCCUUGGAUGAGCUCUUCAAGAUUUGCAGCUUCUUGACCAAAAUGUUGUUAUUGAUUGUUGUUGGAAGAUUUUAUCAUUCCUUGUUUUCGAUUCUCGGCAUUCAUUUUGAAACACAGUUGAAGCCUGAAACGAGUUUCGAUGAGAAUGAAAGAUUCCAGUGCUGGGGGACGAAAUAAUGCGCGUUGCUGUGAUGAGGAAUACCUGAAUUGUUGAUGUUGAACGUGUAUUAAGAGUCUAAUUUGUUUUUGAGGACAUGAUA